CUCUUGUCCCUUCUGCUCCCCUGUUGGGAAACUGGGGGCUCCUCCUUCUAAACCAUCCCAUUCCUUUGUCCUCCACCUCAGGAACAGAGGAUUGUUCCCCAUCCUGCCACUGCUUCUCCAGCAUGGCUGUCCUUAAACGGGAUGUUAGCAGGUGCUAGAUGAGCUAACUGCAAACUUCCUUUCUGUGGAGGAGAAGCGAAGGCCACAGGGCCAGGACCCUUUUUAAAAGCAUCUGAACUGACUCCACAGGUAGAGACUUAGACAUUGGAAGAGACUGUAUCACAGCAACAUGAAAGGGUAGAUAGCCAGCAACUGUGGGCUACUUGCCCAAGAGAAUUGUUCUCAGUACCACCCCAUUCACAUGGCUGAUAUCUCAGAGGAUGACGCUUUCCAGGAAAGUGGGUAUUAAAGGCACCACAAUGUUCAAGACCCUGAUGUCAUCCCAGUGAACUCAAGGCCCGCUACGUCUCCAGCAUGCAUGUUGAGGCACCUCCUGGCUUCUCUUCUUGGUGGUAGAGGGUCUUUUUACCUCUUUCCCCUAGUCUGAUAUAUGGCCCCUGGGUCCCUCUUCCAGUAUAAAUAAACCUCUAUUUAUUCUCAACCUCUUUACAAGGAACAUUCUAUCUCCUACCUUAAAUGAAACGUGAACUUGAGCCAGCCAGCUCCAUCGCUGUCCUCUGGACCAAAUCAUCACAGAACAUGUGAAAUAACAACAGAAGCUCAUCAUCUAGAUUUUACAAAUGGAACAUUAGCAAUGGGAACUGUCAACAUCAACUUAGUCUGCCGUGAUGCCAAGAGCUCCACCUCUGAACUCACAUAUCCUUACCAUAUGAGCUAACCAUGCUCUCUGCCUCUCCAGAUUUACUGAACGAUUUGACACUUGAGAAGCCAUGAGGGAAAAUAACCAGUCCUCUACACUGGAAUUCAUCCUCCUGGGAGUUACUGGUCAGCAGGAACAGGAAGAUUUCUUCUACAUCCUCUUCCUGUUCAUUUACCCCAUCACAUUGAUUGGAAACCUGCUCAUCGUCCUAGCCAUUUGCUCUGAUGUUCACCUUCACAACCCCAUGUAUUUUCUCCUUGCCAACCUCUCCUUGGUUGACAUCUUCUUCUCAUCCGUAACCAUCCCUAAGAUGCUGGCCAACCAUCUCUUGGGCAGCAAAUCCAUCUCUUUUGGGGGAUGCCUAACGCAGAUGUAUUUCAUGAUAGCCUUGGGUAACACAGACAGCUAUAUUUUGGCUGCAAUGGCAUAUGAUCGAGCUGUGGCCAUCAGCCGCCCACUUCACUACACAACAAUUAUGAGUCCACGGUCUUGUAUCUGGCUUAUUGCUGGGUCUUGGGUGAUUGGAAAUGCCAAUGCCCUCCCCCACACUCUGCUCACAGCUAGUCUGUCCUUCUGUGGCAACCAGGAAGUGGCCAACUUCUACUGUGACAUUACCCCCUUGCUGAAGUUAUCCUGUUCUGACAUCCACUUUCACGUGAAGAUGAUGUACCUAGGGGUUGGCAUUUUCUCUGUGCCAUUACUAUGCAUCAUUGUCUCCUAUAUUCGAGUCUUCUCCACAGUCUUUCAGGUUCCUUCCACCAAGGGCGUGCUCAAGGCCUUCUCCACCUGUGGUUCCCACCUCACGGUUGUCUCUUUGUAUUAUGGUACAGUCAUGGGCAUGUAUUUCCGCCCUUUGACCAAUUAUAGCCUAAAAGACGCAGUGAUCACUGUAAUGUACACGGCAGUGACCCCAAUGUUAAAUCCUUUCAUCUACAGUCUGAGAAAUCGGGACGUGAAGGCUGCCCUGCGGAAACUCUUCAACAAGAGAAUCUCCUCGUAACCAAUGUGAGGGCCUACAUUGGAUACUGUAGUCACCAGUUACGGUAUAUUGGAAAUCCAGUUCUGAUGUCAUCCUCCUACGAGAGGCAGUCUCUGAUCUUUCUAGCCUGAAAUUCCUAAUCUCAGAACUCUUAUAACAUUUUAAUAAGUUAAUAAUAAGUGAUUAUUGAAAUUACCACUUUCAACUCAUUGCUGCUCUUUUUGGCAGAGUGGCAGUACAGGGAUAUAGGGCAUAUGUCCUGACGAGCAGAGUCAAGUUGGGAAGAUCUGAGCCUCAGCUUUCACAUCUACAUGUUAGGAAUAAUAAGUGCCCUACACGGGUCACAUGGUGUGUUGAUUACAAUAGCUCAUGCUUCCAAGAUUAUAAAUCACUAUUCAUGUGUCCAUUUUUAUUUGACUGUUAAGUUUAAUCACCCUUAUUAGGCUUGCAAGCCUCUGAGGGCAGGAGUUGUUUUUACACAUCACUGUACCUUCCCAAUCUUGGUCAGAUAAAGUGCAUCCAAUAAAUACUGGUGGAAGUGGAAUGAAUAAGAUAUUAAUAUCUGAAAUGUAAUAUUAUAAUUAGAGAUAAUCAAAACCAGACAUUAUUUUCUCAUCCUUUAAACCUUUCAAGAAACUCCCAUUCACAAUUGCUACAAAGGGAAUAAAAUACCUAGGAAUACAGCUUACAAGGGACGUGAAGGAACUCUUCAAGGAAAACUAAAACCCACUGCUCAAGGAAAUAAGAGAGGACAAAAACAAAUGGAAAAACAUUCCAUCCUCUUUUAUACAAAGAAUCAAUAUCAUGAAAAUGGCCAUACUGCCCAAAGUAAUUUAUAGAUUCAAUGCUAUUCCCAUCAAACUACCAUUGACAUUCUUCACAGAAUUAGAAAACACUUCUUUAAAUUUCGUAUGGAACUAAAAAAGAGCCCGUAUAUCCAAGACAAUCCUAAGCAAAAAGAACAAAGCUAGAGGCAUCACGCUACUUGACUUCAAACUAUACUACAAGGCUACAGUAACCAAAACAGCAUGGUACUGGUACCAAAACAGACAUGUAGCCCAGUGGAACAGAACAGAGACCUCACAAAUAACACCACACAUCUACAACCAUCUGAUCUUUAACAAACCUGACAAAAACAAGAAAUGGGGAAAGGAUUCCCUAUUUAAUAAAUGGUGUUGGGAAAACUGGCUAGCCAUAUGCAGAAAAAUGAAACUGGACCCCUUUCUUACAUCUUAUACAAAAAUUAACUCAAGAUGGAUUAAAGGCUUAAACGUAAGACCUAAAACCAUAAAAACCUUAGAAGAAAACGUAGGCAAUACCAUUCAGGACAUAGGCAUGGGCAAACUUCAUGUUUAAAACACCAAAAGCAAUGGCAACAAAAGCCAAAAUUGACAAAUGGGAUCUAAUUAAACUAAAGAGCUUCUGCACAGCAAAAGAAACUAGCAUCAGAGUGAACAGGCAACCUACAGAAUGGGAGAAAAUUUUUGCCAUCUAUCCAUCUGGCAAAGGGCUAAUAUCUAGAAUCUACAAAGAACUUAAAUUUACAGGAAAAAAACCACCCCAUGAAAAAGUGGGCGAAGGAUAUGAACAGACACUUCUCAAAAGAAGACAUUUAUGCAGCCAAUAAACAUAUGAAAAAAAGCUCAACAUCACUGGUCAUUAGAGAAAUGCAAAUCAAAACCACAAUGAGAUACCAUCUCAUGCCAGUUGGAAUGGCGAUCAUUAAAAAGUCAGGAAGCAACAGAUGCUGGAGAGGAUGUGGAGAAAUAGGAAGGUUUUUACACUGUUGGUGGGAGUGUAAAUUAGUUCAACUAUCAUGGAAGACAGUGUGGUGACUCCUCAAGGAUCUAGAACCACAAAUACCAUUUGAUCCAGUGAUCCCAUUACUGGGUAUAUAUCUAAAGGAUUAUAAAACAUUCUACUAUAAAGACACAUGCACAUUUAUUGUGGCACUGUUCACAGUAGCAAAGACUUGGAACCAACCCAAAUGCCCAUCAAUGAUAGACUGGAUAAAGAAAAUGUGGCACAUAUACACCAUGGAAUACUACGCAGUCAUAAAAAAGGAUGAGUUCAUGUCCUUUGCAGGGACAUGGAUGAAGCUGGAAACCAUCAUUCUCAGCAAACUAACACAAGAAAAGAAAACCAAACACUGCACGUUCUCACUCAUAAGUGUGAGUUAAACAAUGAGAACACAUGGACACAAGGAAGGGCAUAUCACACACCAGGGCCUGUCAGCAGGUUGGGGGCAAGAGGAGGGAUAGCAUUAGGAGAAAUACCUAAUGUAGAUGUCAGGCUGAUGGAUGCAGCAAACCACCAUGGCACGUGUAUACCUAUGUAACAAACCUGCAUGUUCUGCACAUGU